AUGGAAGAUAACAAGAUUUACUUCACACCUGAAUCAGCCAUUAUUUUACAAGAAUUAAAACAAAAAAAAUUAUUGAAACCAAGAUUAUUAUCUUAAGAUAAUCCAAAAAUCAAUUUAAAGACUAUAAAAAUACCUUAGAGAAGCAGAUAAAUUUCUUUAACGAAAGAAUUAGAUUAUUAUGUGAAGCAGUCAAUGAAAGAAAAAAUGAAAGAGAAACAAAAACAGUUAAAUGAAGAACUUGAAUGCUUUAAAUAUUAGUAUAAGGAUAUCUUGCAAGAUAAUCCUUAUGUAAACAAUAAACUCAAAAAAAAUUUUUUUAAUUUGAAAUUUUCAGAUGAAUAGAGAGAAACAUAUGCAAUUCGGUUGGGAAGACUGGCAGUGAAACAUAAUCAACAAAUCAAAUAGAUGUAACGAAUAGUUGAUGACAUACAUAAAAAAUAUGAGGCUCAGAAUGAACAGUUAAAUUCAUAUAUGCCGAAAACAAUUGAGACAAUGGUUACGGAAAGUGAUUCCUAUAUCAAAACUAGUAAAAUCUACAAUCCAGAUUUAUUGGCAAAAUACUAAUAACUAAAAUACUAGCAUUUUUGGAAUAAAUUGCCUAAAACUUUAGCAAAUUGA